AGUGGCCCUCUGCUCCACUCUAAUGUUGCUUCAGUUUCUCAAAGUCUGAGCAGUCAGGGGUCCACACAGCUGCAGGAUUAUGGCACAAGGAAAGAAGGGAGUGUUGGAGCGUCUUGACGCUGGAGAGGUUGUGAUUGGUGAUGGAGGCUUCGUGUUUGCCCUGGAGAAGAGAGGCUACGUGAAGGCCGGGCCCUGGACGCCUGAAGCUGCCUCAGAGCACCCUGAAGCAGUGCGUCAGCUGCACAGAGAGUUCCUGAGGGCUGGGUCUAAUGUCAUGCAGACCUUCACCUUCUAUGCCAGUGAUGACAAACUGGAGAACAGGGGCAACAAGCUCACCUUCACUGGAGCUCAGAUCAACGAGGCCGCCUGCGACUUGGCCCGUGAGGUUGCCAAUGAAGGCGACGCUCUGGUAGCAGGUGGAGUGUGUCAGACUCCUUCCUACCUGAGCUGCAAGAGCGAGACAGAGGUGAAGGCCAUCUUUAAGAAGCAGCUGGACGUGUUCAUCAGGAAAGACGUGGACUUCCUGAUUGCUGAGUACUUUGAGCAUGUUGAAGAGGCCGUGUGGGCUGUGGAGGCGCUGAAGGAGACAGGGAAACCUGUCUAAUAAUUUUUGUGCUCUUUCGGUGCUUAUCUGUAUCAGUCAGCUCACACCAAUGCAUGCUCUCCUGUAGGUGCCCAGAUCGUGGGAGUCAACUGUCACUUUGACCCCAUGACCUGCGUGAAAGCUGUCAAGAUGAUGAAGGAGGGAGUGGAGAAGGCCGGGUUGAAGGCUCACUACAUGGUGCAGCCAUUGGCUUACCACACACCCGACUGCAGCUGUCAGGGAUUCAUCGAUCUGCCAGAAUUCCCCUUCGGUCUGGAGCCCAGGAUCCUGACCCGCUGGGACAUGCACAAGUACGCCAGGGAGGCCUUCAAUGCUGGCAUCCGCUUCAUCGGGGGCUGCUGUGGGUUUGAGCCUUAUCACAUCAGGGCUGUGGCAGAGGAGCUGGCAACAGAGAGAGGCUGCCUCCCCGCUGCAUCAGAGAAACAUGGAAACUGGGGUGCUGGUCUGGAGAUGCACACCAAGCCCUGGGUCAGAGCCAGAGCCCGCCGUGACUACUGGGAAACCCUGAAGCCAGCCUCUGGUCGUCCCCUGUGUCCCUCCCUUUCUCUCCCUGAUGGCUGGGGUGUCACCAAGGGCCACACUGAUCUUUUGCAGCAGAAAGAGGCCACCUCUAAGGACCAACUCAAGCAGCUGUUCGACAGAACAAAGAACCAGUGAGCCAGUCUGUCUCCUUCAGACUGAGUCAAACAGCCAUGCAGUGCAGCUACUAAUGCUACACAGAGGUGUGCACUGUCUGCAUACUGAGCUGCACCUAACAAACAUAAUGUUAGAGGCUAAAUCUUCACUUGAGACUGCAUCUGUUCUGUGCAUGUGUUGAUGGUUAAACUGUAGUUUAUGAGAAGCCAGUCAUGUUUCAAGUGAAGAGUCGGCCCAUCUUGAGGUCGGGACCUUUUUACUUUCCAUGGACCAGUUUGUUUAAUAAAAUAAGAUCUGAAAAAAUGUGA